AUGCUGGCCGCAUCGAGGUUCCUUGCUACGGAAGAUGGAAUAUAUCUUGUAAAAAUAAUGAAUGCAAAAUGCAUCAUCGGCCCCAUGGUCAUGGACCGAGCACCGUCGCUGCUCAAGACGAUAUGUAUGACGACUACAGCGCGGAAGAGGCGUUUCUUCCAGACUUGUUGCAUCCACUCAUCCCUGACUCACGGGAUCCAUUCGGUACCUUCUCCCCUCCGCUUGUGCAACUUCGGAGAACUUCGACAACCUCGUCUGGAAGGAGGAAACCAACACUCAUCCCCCCUGCAUCAGUCUCGCUUGCGCACUGGCCGAUUGGAGCGACUCUCUUUGCGCAUUGUCCUUCGAGACACCCUCGUCUUCGUCUCCGUACUCGACUGCCUUGGUCGCCAGUAUAUAUGGUUGUUUCAUUCGCGAAGCCCGCUUCCCGGACCGCCCUUUGAAUUCGUCUUGCCGCAGAACCACUCACGCCCCGGACCUACUGCCAACGUGUGA